UUGGCAGGACAAUUUUGUCGUACAAAGUCGUUAUUUUUAUUAUCUUUCUCUCUCCAAUGAUUAUAUCUUUCUACGUGUGCUUCGUAUGAGUAAUUCAUAAAAUGAAAAAGUGAAAAUUGUGAUUGUUUACUAGUUUUGAGAUUAACUUGAAGUUCAAAACUGACAUAUUUCUGACGUAGAGAAAAACAAAGAUCUUAAAAUCAGCUAUCUCAUCAUAAUUGAUCAGAAAAUCCAAAAAUCGGAAAUCAAACUAUUAUCUUUUGAAGUUUGAUAAAAAUAUUGAGUGAAAUUUGACUGGUAUGUCAAAUGCUAAUUCUUGUAUCAAUUCAACGGUGAUAAGAAGUUUUGGAAGUAACUGUAUGACGCAAUAAUGGAGAGUGCAAGCGAUUCCGACUUCGAUUCUGAUGAUUCUAUUGAUUUUCUAUCAGAGUACACGGAUAUUGACGUAAAUGGUUUUCUUGGACGAGCAAUCGCCAUUUGGACUUACAACCGUCUUGAUAAUCUGACGCUGUUCACACCUCAACCAGAUGACACGCUGUUCCAGCUUGUCAAAUAUGCAGAACAGAAGUUGAAAUUCAACAGAGAAAAUGAAAAAAUUAUGGUAAUGGAUGCGGGUGAAAAACUCCCAAGAGAAAUGAAAGACGUGUACCUGCUUAAGCCGGGGAGCGUUAUUAUGGUUUUACCAAAACGGAACUUAAACAUCACAGUCGAAAUCAAUCAGCUGAACAAAAGGUUUCCAAUUAGUGCAGAUCCAAUGUGUACAGUUUAUGAUGUAAAAACAUACAUUAAACGUGUCAAAGGUAUUCCAAUUGACCAGCAAGAUAUUCUGUACAGAGAUAAAGUGCUAGAAAACUCUAGGCGAUUGUAUGAGUUUCGUGUCAGAAAUGGAACCAAUAUGCAUGUUCUGAUUCAAGUAUAUUUUGACGUCAUCGUUCAUGUGGAAACUUUUUGGGGCAAGACAUAUCGCCUGUAUGUCGAUAAAUGUAGCACAGGAAGUGAUCUAAUUUACAGAGUGUUUGGUCGAACAUUUAGCAAACAUGGCAAAGAACAUGUUACAAUGCAUGAACUCUAUGUGCCAAUUCAUGUCUUAGUCUUCCAACAUAACAAAAGGUCCCUUAACUGGAAUUACUGCCUAGGAUUCUAUGGUGUUCGAAAUGCAGACACUCUGGUGCUAAAUACAGUUGGUAGGCAUAGUGAUAUGAAUGUGCAGACUAUAAUGGUUGUUACGGAACUUGGUGAAAGUUACGAAGUACGAGUAUCACAGUUUGAUAGAUGGUCUGUUGUCGCUUUCAUCCUUCAUGGGCAUACGGAUGUUCCUGUUGACCUGAUCCGGUUGUAUCGGAAUGAAAGCCAACUGAACUUCACUGCAAGUAUUGGCUUCGUGCCAAAAAACACCGUCAUUAUGAUGAAUAUUAUAAUGACCAAUGUAGACAAAGAUAUGAUGUUUGGAAUUCCACUUAAAAUCACUAUUGGGAAUGGGAUUGUUGAAAAUAUCAAAGUUUCGCCAACCAAGACAAUUAAGUAUGUUAAAGAAAGACUAGAAGAAAUAGGAAUUCCAAACGCCACUUUGAGUGAACUAACUACAGGACAGUUCAAACUCCCUGAUCAUGCAAAGAUCAAGGAUGUGAUAACAAACUUUGACAAAAUGUUGUAUCUGAAAGUAGAACGGUUCCCAGUGUUUAUCCAUGCACCAGAUGGGACCAUAUAUAGAACAAUGGUUGACGUGAACCAUACGUUGAAAAAUCUGAAACAGAAGAUCGAACUGAAAUCAGGUCACGCUAUUUCAAGUUGUCGUCUGCUUUUUGCCGGGCAAGAAUUGACAAUUGCUGAUAACAACAUUCUGUAUGACAGUGGAUUUUCUACAAGAAAUUCAAUAUUUGUUGAAACAGCACAGAUGUUUGAAACUUUUUUCGUCACUAAUGGAGACCUUCUUAUCAAACUGCGUGUUCCAGCAAGACCAACCCAGGACAAUAUCAAGCGUAGUAUAUGGGGUACGAGAGAUAUUCCAGAAGGUUCUAUCACCUGCCUUCAAACAUUCCUGUUUUGGUUCUUUGCACCACGACGGAAUAGAAAAUUCACUCUUCCUAGAAGAAGAAGGAACAGAAAAAGGAUACCACCUUCAAAUGAACCUCUCCAUCUGUUUUCUGACAGAUACGGAACCAAAUUUGACGAAAAAAACGUCUCUGAUCUUAUGCUUGAGCUAAAUCACAAAAGAGGAGAUCACUUUAAGCCUCUGGUGUACCCGGAUGAACUUGCAGAAGAUGGAAAAACGCACAGAACAUGGCCAAUCAGCUUACAGCGACCAGUCCGUCCUCGCAGGAAUGUCGAGGACUGGAUCAAUGCCACUUACUAUGAGCCGAGAUUCAACAGGAAACACACAAGAACACCAACAAGAAAGAAGAGCUUAAGAAGUGCCAAGAAACAGCCCGAACAUCAACAGGAACUGAAACCCUAUGUCGUAAACCACCAUAUUCAACCUCGUUGGCUGAAUAACCUUUAUGAAAAAGAAGAACAUCAUGGUCUCUCAGUUGCAGACGACACUGGUUUGGCAUAUCGCCACAAUCCAAAACAAGGACAGACAACAUUCUACACAAAGAAACAAAGAAGAAAAGCGGUACGGACACCAACUCAUCACCAAGGUGAUGCAAGUCUCUCAAAAUACCUCCAUCACAAGCGACAAAUGUUUGACAACCAAGAGUUAGCAUACCUCAGCUCUGAUGAUGAAAAAACAGAAGUUUUUGAUGAACUUUCUAUUGAAAGACCAUACAUAAUAUUACGUUAAAUUAUAGAAGAACUAAAGGGCACUAACUAUGUAGUAAAUGUUUGCAGAACAGUGAUAUCUAUGCAGUGAACGACCUUCAGAACAGUGAUAUCUAUGCAGUGAACGACUGCAGAAUAACUAUGUAGUUAAUGUUUGGUAGAACAGUGAAAACUAUGUAGUGAUGUCUGGUAGAACAGUAACAUCUAUGUAGUGAACAUCUUCAGAACAGUGAUAGCUAUGCAGCAAUGGUCUGGGAGAACAGUGAUAACUAUGUAGUGAUUGCCUGGGAGAACAGUGAUAACUAUGUAGCGAUCACCUGGGAGAACAGUGACAACUAUGUAGUGAUCGCCUGGGAGAACAGAAAUAACUGUUGUUAACAUCUUCAGACCAGUGAUAACUUUGUAGUGAACAUCUGCAGAACAGUGAUGAUAACUUUGUAGUGAACAUCUGCAGAACAGUGAUGAUAACUUUGUAGUGAACAUUUGCAGAAUAGUAAUGAUAACUUUGUAGUGAACAUCUGCAGAACAGUGAUGAUAACUUUGUAGUGAACAUCUGCAGAACAGUGAUGAUAACUUUGUAGUGAACAUCUGCAGAAUAGUAAUAACUUUGUAGUGAACAUCUGAAUUGUAACAUAGCACUACCGUAGUGCUGAUAUUCAAUUAUAACCAAAGUUAACUCAAAAUAUUUUUUGGGAGGUGAGGGGGGUGGGAAUGGGGUUGGGAAGGGAAAUAUGGUUGGGGGUCAGACUUUAUCAGGGGGAGGGCAUUUAUAGAGGAAUAUAUGGUAAUUAGGACUACCUUGAACUGAGGAGACUUUAUAUGCAGAAAACAAAAUUUGUAAUAUUUCAAUAUUUGUCUUACACUAUCAAUCUUCAACAGCUUGAUUUUUUUCAUAAAAAAUUACAAAAUUUACUGUCUAAGGGACUUAUUUCACCUGUGGAUGUAUUGGAAACUGAUUAUUUAAUAUAUGUAAUGAAGAAUGUAUUGAAAAUGUAGGAUAUAUCUAAUUCUAAUCUUAUCUAAUUUGAAAGGAUUUUGAAUUAUUUUAACCGCUCAGCAUUACUAUUAAGUUUGUUCAUCGUAUACAAAUGUGAGUCUUUAUCGCUAUAUUUGUUCUGACAUUAUAGCAUAUUAAAGUGAUUUCUUUAUUCACA